AUGGCACCAGCACUGAGCUUUCUUCACAGGAUGAUGCUGUGUGUCUUCUUCCUUGCAACAGCAAUGGCAAGCUACAACAUAUCAGACUACGGGGCCAAGCCCGAUGGCCGGACUGACUCAGCUAAGCCUUUCCUAAAUGCAUGGGCCGCCGCCUGCAAUUCCACCGAGCCUGCAGCCAUCUACGUGCCCGCCGGCCACUUCUUGAUCAGCCAAGCCACGUUCAAGGGUCCCUGCAAGAACAACGCGACCAUGAUCUUCGUCGACGGGACUCUCAUCGCGCCCUCUGCUUACGGCGCUGCCACAAACUGGUUGCUGUUUGAGUACGUUCAGGGACUGUCCAUCUUCGGAGGCACCAUCGACGGCCAAGGUCAGGCCUUUUGGGCUUUCAGGAAGGCCGGCCGGAGAUGUCCUCAGGGCGCCAUGCAGCAGCAUCCAGAAACAGGGCGCGACCAUCACCGCCCCGGCCACAGCCCCAACACCGACGGCAUCCACAUCCAGAAAUCGAGCAACGUGGCCGUGAUCGACACCGGCAUAGAGACCGGCGACGACUGCAUCCCCAUGGGCGAAGGAUCCACCAACGACUGGAUCGAGAAGAUCGAUUGCGGCCCAGGACAUGGAAUCAGCAUCGGCAGCCUGGGCGGCACGACGUCGGAGGCCGGAGCGCAGAACAUCACGGUGACGUCGGUAGCGUUCUCGGGGACAGAGAACGAGCUUCGGAUCAACUAA